CAUAUUUUGGUGUGCAAUAUAAAAGUUAUUUGUGGUGGAAGAAUUCAGUUGUGCUUACAAAAUAAAUUUAUUUUCUUAAAUAACCGCAAUACAUUUUGUAUUUUAUUUUACAAAAAGUAAACGGGAUUUCAGUAAUUUAAUACAUAUUAAGGGAAAAUGCCGAAGUCGUCUGAUGAAGAUGACUUAAAGGAAUUGUUGGUCGCAUGGAAUUUGGAAAAUAUUUUAAGCCAUUUAAUUGCGGAAAACAUUACUAUUGAAAUCAUGGAAAUUAUGAAAAUAUCUCAUAUAAAAUCACUACUUUUCAAAUUCCCCUUGGGUACACAAAUACGUUUUGAACACAAAUUAGCACAAUGGCGGCAUAAGAAAGGCAAACCUCUGAAAAAUCACUUCGAUAGUGAUAGAAAUCUAUAUAUUAAAGAAUUGUCCAAAAAAGCUCACUCAACGGCAAUACAAUCUAAACAAACUAUUAAUUCCCUUAAUAAUGAUGUUAACCUUACUGAACAAGAAGAAAUACUUACAAAAUGUACACAGCGUAAUAAUAAUAAAACGUCGCAAAUUUCUUUAAACAAUUCAACUUUUAAUAUGGACCAAGAACAAAGUCAAUGCUUAAUAAUAGCACCCGAUAAUUAUGUUGAGGAUACUGCUGACACUGAUAAGCCAACUCAAGUUUUAAUACAGACUAUGUGGAAUGGCUGUAAAAAGUUUAUCAAAAUUUUUGAGCCAUAUUUGUAUCAAGAUUUUUUCUUAUCCGCAUGCUUAGCAUUUAACAUAACUAACAAAAACGAUUUCUAUAUUGCGAUAAAUGGUUGUGAAAUUCUGGCGGAGGAUUUUAGAAAUAUUAUACUACAAUACUAUAAUUUGCUCACCUUCAAUAUUGAAUUAAAGGAGAAAGUCGUGCCUGUUCAGCUUACUAAAACCAAAGAUUUGGACAAUUUUCAAGCAGCAUCAAAUUCAUUUGUCCAAUCCAACACUGCAUACACAUUCUCCCAUGGCAGUAAUACCCCAAAUAAUAUGUCUACCGUACAAGUCAUCCAUAAUUAUUUGCCAAGUGCCAAUGAUAUACGUAAUAUACCAACGUUAUUGCCCAUUGUCAAAAUCUCGGAUGAUGGUAAAAUGUUGGAAAAUCGACAUCGUGCUACCAUUGCCAAAGCCAUAGUGGAUGAAUGUUUAAAUUUUCAACCUGAAAGAAUACUUAAGCGCCAGGAUUUCAUUACACUAACACGAAAUCUGGUUUGUGCUUUUCCCAAUGAAGUCGAAUCCACAUAUUUCAUACCAGCGCAGCCCAAUCAUAAUGCUCGUGGUAAAUUAUGCAAUGCUUAUUAUAAUAAACGAAGAUUACUGGCCAGUUCUGGUGUAUUGGAACGACGCAACAAACGCAAACAUCAAUCGGAUGGAGAGAGCGAUAGAACAGAUGAUAAAGUCUAUGCUGUGGAUAAUACUUUAGAAAGUAUUGAUUUUUCUUUAAAUUCGACACUUGACUGGGAUACUAUCAAACAAAAAUGGAGAGAAACUCAUCGAAAAAGAAGGCAGGAGCUUAUAAAAGAAAAAUUGCAACCACAUGACUAUUUGAAUAAAUAUUCAAUAUUAAUGUCUUAUAGAGCAAUUGAAUUAAUGAAAAUCGAUGUUAAAAUUAUGCAUCCCAAAGUGCUGAAAAUCAAUAAUUGGUUUUCAUUGUAUAAUAAAAUUGUCGAUAAAGGACGCACAUUACGCAAGGUGGAGAUAAUGGCAACAAUUUUGGAAAAUAUUGAUAAUUCAAAUGAUGAAAAGUACCGUGCCAGUUUAGCUUUAUUAAUCGUUCCCUAUAUAUUUCUUCAUAAUGCCAGACAUAAUGAAAUCCGUAAAGGGAAAGCUACUAAAUAUGAUGUACAACAAAGAUUCAUUAAAGAGUAUGAGACGCUGGAUGCUUUAAAAUCUGAUAUUGAAUGUGCUGAAUUACAAAUACGUUUUGUUCAUUGCCCACCACAGAUUACAUAUGCCGAGUUUAAAAUAUGUGGCCAAAUCUUUAAAUGUGUGGACGUAUUGGAAGCCUUAAAUUUGGCUUUUCAUUAUAAAAUAGCUUUAAAUGUCGAAUAUCCAAGAAUGUGUCUUCAUAUCUGGCAAUUUAUACAGUUGGCCAUAUUUCGAAUUAAAAUAGAGGAUUGUAUGCAGGCAAAUGUUGAAAGUACAUUUAAUGAUUUAUGUCGAUAUUGAAAGGAUUAUUUUUUCAUUAGUUGUGAUGUAUU